AUGGGUUAUCCUAGAAUCGAGUCGGCUUCUAGACAGUGGAGAAAUCCUUAUGCAAAAUGGGAUGAUCCACAGGAACGUUGUAACUUGAACGAACCUCUUCAUGCUGAGGAAGAAAUGAUGGGUAUUUGGGCCCCUGAUGUUCAUCGAAUCUCUGUUAGUCAUGCUUUACUCAAUCUGGCCAUCGCAUUUAGUACAUUGGGUGGUAUCAUGACGGCUGCAGCCUACGUAGCACCCAAAUCACCUGUGGUUCCUCGUGAGUUUCCUUACAAUGGACUUACACAGGAAUUAGGAGGUGAAGGGCAGGGCGUUUGUUUUGAUUGA